UGCAGGCCCUGACCUUCCUGACCAGAAAUGAAAUUCUGUGGAGUUCCUUGGAAGCGAGCCAUGCUUAUGGAUGCCUCCCUUCUGAACCUCCCACCCAGGCCCUGAGACGACCUCCUCCCAGAUCCUGUUUCCAGUCUGUUUCCAUCCCCGUAGAAGGUGCCUUUCCCUGGAGAAGAGCACAGUUUGGCUCCACGUUGUGUUGGGGAGGUGGGUCCCGGUGAGUGCUGCCAGGGAAGGCUCCAGUUCACAGUUCACGGUUCAUGGUUCAGUGCAAACUUCUCUAACAAGCAGUUCUUAAAGCUCUUUCUGUCCUGCCCCUUCUCUUGAGAGCGCCAUUCCUGAGCAUGAGGGGCCUGUGCCUGCCCCUGGGUAGCUCCUGCUCAGGAGGCUCCCACUCUCAAAGGCCGGCGUGCGUCAGCGCUGGGGGUGGUGGGGUUGGGGACGCCACUGCAUAAGGAAGGCAGAGUAGAGGGCAAAGUAUCCAACUCCUACUACUUGGACGCCUUCAGAUAAGACAGAGUGAGAAGCACUAGUGGGGCCGGGGACAGCAGUGCAGAAACUCUCAAAUGGGAAGGUGAUACCAGUGAGAGCCCUCUGCUGCUUUAAACCGAGGGGAGUCUCCAGACCCAGGAGACCACAGCCUGGGAAGCAGCUGAGAAUGUGGAAUAGCUGUCAAGAGCUUUGAAGAGUGGAAGAGGACCAGCGAAGGCAGGAGAUGCUGAAAUGUCCCAGUUCAAAAUGAGAAGUACAACUUGACCCAGCCAUUCGACUUGCAUGAAGAGGACACAGGUGAACAUCCAUGACACCUUCCUGAAGCUCUGCCCGCCUGGGAAGUACUACAAGGAGGCGACGCUCACCAUGGACCAGGUCAGCUCCCUGCCAGCUCUGCGGGUCAACCCUUUCAGAGACCGUAUCUGCAGAGUGUUCUCCCACAAAGGCGUGUUCUCCUUUGAGGAUGUGCUGGGCAUGGCAUCUGUGUUCAGCGAGCAGGCCUGCCCAAGCCUGAAGAUUGAGUAUGCCUUUCGCAUCUAUGAUUUUAAUGAGAAUGGCUUCAUUGAUGAGGAGGAUCUGCAGAGGAUCAUCCUGCGGCUGCUGAACAGUGAUGACAUGUCUGAGGACCUGCUGAUGGACCUCACGAACCACGUCCUGAGUGAGUCGGAUCUGGACAAUGACAACAUGCUGUCCUUCUCAGAGUUUGAACAUGCAAUGGCCAAGUCUCCAGAUUUCAUGAACUCCUUUCGGAUUCACUUCUGGGGAUGCUGAUGUAGCGGCAAAUACCUGACGUGGCAGCCUCGAGGGAGACCACUGGAAUCGAACCCCCUCCAGCACUGGAGGGAGCUGGUUUGAAGUAUGACUUUGUACUGGGCCCACCCUCACCUCUAGAAUAUUGUUUAUUGGAUAAAAGAAAAGAAAAAGCUUUUCCUUAGCCCAUCA